AUGCUGAUUGGCUCAACAAGAGAGACUUCCCCCAAGAACAAUGAGCUUACCUUUAACAUCGACCUGUUUUCAUGCUACGUAUGGACUCAAAACCUUCCGGACCAUUUCGCUAGAAAUUUCUUGGUGAACCGUGUCUUGAGUGCACCAAACCCUCCAACAAGGAACCCAUCUCAACCAGCUUUAGACUUUGAGCUAUCUCGAGUGGUCAUUCCGGAGGUAGCAAUAAUAGGAAUGGGUACCUCGCAGACUGAUAAAGACAGACCCAUUCCGAUUCGUAUACCUGCGCGCACCUUAUACACUCCUGAUUCAUUCGGUACUCCUCGGACAAUCAUGGAACGCACUUCUGAAAAAUUUCAUCUCUUUGUUCCAAAUCUUACCAAAGACCAGCUGCGUCACAUAGAUGUAUCAGUGUCUACUCGUCGCCGUUCAAAGCUUUCUCCGGAGGAACAUCAGCUACUGGUUCCGAACCUGACUAGAGAGCAACGGAAAUCCAUAGCCAUACAGGAUCACUUUGCAAUUUCUGAUACAAGCGCAGAGAAAUACCUCUUUGUUCCAUAUCUAAGUGAAGCACAGCUAAGUCACUUGCGGCAUUCAUUUGGUGCCCGCGACAGGACCAUGGAGGGCACUUCGGAUGGCCAUCACCUCUCUGUUCCACCUCUCAACAGAAAACAGCAAGAUUUCAUACAAAAUUUAUUUGGCACUCCCCGCUCAACCAUCAGGCGCCCAUCAUCGCAAGGACAAUCAAUUGAAAACACUGAAAGCUUGGGAUAUAUUCCCAGGGGAUACAUACUAGAACUCAUAGAAGAGGGAGAGCUUCCAAUAAAUCAGGCCUUACAACUGCUAGAUACCACUUUGGUUGGUCAAGAAAGCAAAGGUGAACUUGGCACUUCAACAGAUGGUGUGGAGCUAUUCCCAACACAUCCAAGCAAUAUCAGAUCAAACUCCAAAAUAUCACAUGUUCUGGUUGGGAGUCCAGGCCAUGACUCAUGCUCAACAUGUCAAGAGAUAUUCAAGAAACCUGAGAAAGGUACCAAUAAUCAGUGGGUCAUUCAGAAAAUUUCUAGGAUCAAUAACUGCAAACACUACUUCCACUUUGAAUGUCUUGUCAAUUGGGUGGUGAUGGCAAAUAAAAACAGCUGUCCAAUUUGCAGGUUACCAGUAGACAUUGAUAAGAUUUGA